GAAGGAGCCUCCACCCCCGCGCGGGGCUGGGAACGAGAUCCGGGAGGAUGCGCGCCGGCCAAUGAGGCCUCUUGGUUUAUCCGUGCCCGCGUGGUGCUCCCGGAGCUCCGGCAGGGACACCAUAGGACGGAGCCACCGGGAAAUUUAAAUCAAAGGGGGACUCGGACACUGAAACAGUUCCGGGGACCUGGGGAAUCCUCGCUGGGGCUUUGAGAAGGAAGUCGAGAAGGAGCCGAAGCUUGAUGAGCAAGCCAGGAGAAGGGGCACAGCUACGACUUUGCAUUUGUCUAGGAAGGUAUCAGAAGAGUUCACCAAGGGAUGGGAGACAGCCCUUUUCUGGAAAAUCCUUUGAUUUGGAUAUGCCUGCUGGCCAGAAUCUGCAGUUUUUAACAAGGGCCAUCCACCAACUAAGUGGGCUCUAUAAGCCCACUUUCCUCCUAAAGCUUACAGGACAUGACUUACUGAUUAGGAGCCAGCUACGGGUAGCCUCAAGCCUCUGCUGUGUCGUUUUGGGGAAGAAACUGUGGAGGUGGCACAGGAAACAGCCUCCUGACCAGUUCCUGCUCUCGGGAGUGAAGCUCCUGCAGGGAACGCGUCCAGGAACAGAGUCAAGAACACAGAAAGUGGUCAGACUGAAGGCACCCUUCCCCAAAGAUGAAGGUGGGAGUUGCAGGUACAAAAGGGACCAGACACCGGGUGACCUAGGUGUAGCAGCAGAGCGAGGCCUGGGAUGGCCCCCCAUUCACAGUGGAGCUGCAGAAGCUGUAAGAGGCGGUGGAAUAAUGACACAAUGCGGUUUUGGUGUUUGAGUGUGAGGAGCCUAGUGGGGGGUUGGCCCAAAGCAGGGUUCUCUGUGUAUAUAGCACCCCACAAUGUGUGUCUAUAAGAAGUAUUGGAGGAAAUAGAAAACUUUUACAUUUUUAAAAUAAGUAAGCUGGGCAUGGUGCACAUGUAGCCCAGCACUCUGAAGUAGGAAGAUGAUGGGCUGGUUAGUGGACUCUCCCUCUCUCUCCUUCCAUAGAUAGAGGUAUAUAUGUAUACAUGUA